AUGAAUAAUUUGACAACCGCAAAGGAAAAGCACCUGGAGCCGCCGGGGGAUACCUCUGCCGAAAGAAUUGAGCGCAUCGAUGACAGGCCGAGCGACUUCCUUGAUCCGCACCGGGCAGCCCUUGAAGAAAAUCCUGAUCAUGCCGAAAGACCAUCUACUCGCACUAUUCUUGCCAUGAUAUUCUUGGCAUUAUCAUAUGUUUGUCCAAUUGCGUGUGGAUUUGCACUGCCUGUCGCUCUUGUUGCACAGAUAGGCCAGGAUCUUGGAAAUUCAACCCAAAUUGCGUGGCUAGUUGGAGGUUGGUCCACUGCAUCAUCUGUGUCCUUCUCUGUAGCGGGUAGUUUGAGUGAUGUCUUUGGUCAACGGUGGACUAUACUCAGCGGCCAGGUCUUUUGCCUGAUCGGAUCGAUUGUUGCAGCCACAGCAAACUCAGUGACCAAUAUUAUUGUUGGCUCAACAUUUCUCGGAUUCGGUGGAGGCAUGAUUUUCGUUGCUUACGCCGGCGUAUCCGAAAUUCUUCCUAACAAAUGGCGUGGCACCGGUCUCGCGACGAUUGAACUUGCAAUCAAUAUGUCGCAGCCAUUCGGUAUACCCAGUGUGCUGAUAGCGACGAGUGUUAACGCUCAUACUGCUCUCGGGUGGCGCUGGUGCUACUAUUGGGGUCUAAUCUUCUGUGUCGUCAGCUCAGUCGGAGUACUCCUAUUCUACUAUCCACCCCCACGGCCACAGUACGAUGUUGACAAAACCAGAUGGCAAGAGUUCAAGGAUUUAGACUUCGUUAGCCUCAGUCUAUACUCAAGUGGAUUGACUACCUUCCUGGUAGGGUUGACCUGGGCUGGUCAGGCCGGGCAUCCAUGGCGGAGUGCGUCUGUCAUUGUUCCUAUAGCUUUGGGCUUCACGGUGCUUCUCUCCGCGUUCGGGUACAAUUUUGUAUGGGCCAAGCAACCAUUUUUCCCCUUGAAGAUAUUUAAGAAAUUCACGGAAUUCACGGUUCUGCUUGGCAUCACAUUCGUGGCUGGCACCCUAUUUAUGUAUACAAAUGAUCCAAUUCAGAUCGGGUUGAUUGCACUACCGAAUGGAGUCUCCCAGUUCGUAUUCGGGGUCAUGGUGACGGCACUCUUAGGUAAAUUCAAGCGCCUCAAGAUGCAGAUGAUUACAGCAUGCGCAAUACAGACUAUAUUCUGUGCUGUAUUGGCUACUGUGGUUCCAAAGAACAAGUAUGCAUGGUCUGCAUUGCAGGUCUUCAUACUAGGCCCUUUCUCGUGGAUUGUUAUCUUAUGCUAUGUUGCAGCCGGCGUGAAUAUUCCGUUACAAUAUCUGGGUCUAGCAACGGGCCUCAUCGGCACAUUUAGAAGCAUGGGUGGUAGUGUUGGAAACGCGAUUUUCAACGCUAUACUGAACGGUGUUGUGAACGAUAACUUGGGCAACGCUAUUGCCAAAGCCGCUCUUUCAACCGGACAAUUUGAUCCAGCUAACAUCGGCCGUCUGAUCGGCGCGACCGUCGAAAAUGCCGCCGGCGUUCCUGGCGCGUUCGCCACAGUUCCUGGUAUCACUCCUGCAGUCGAGGCUGCCUCGGCUCAUGCACUUCGAGAGGUGUAUGGGAAGGGGUUCAGAAUGAUUUCAUACAGCACCAUUCCUUUCAAUGUCAUUGCCAUCCUAUUGGCUCUUGUAAUGAUGGAUCCAUCACAGUACCUUACGAAUCAUACUGCGGUGCGAUUGGAAAACGAGCAUAAGGAUGGGAAGGAUGUUCUCAAGGGUGACAGCUAA